AUGGCGGGCGCGGCCGCACCGUCUUUCGAGAGGCAGCUCGACGGGGCUCGCCGUCAGUUAGAAGCGGACAGUCGGAUAAAAUGGUACGUGACUCUUCAUUUUGAAAUUUUGCUUGCUACAUUCUUGGAUGUGACUAUUCAGUUAUUGGUAUUUGGUCAAGAGAGCUGCAGCCUUUCCAUAGAUCACAAUCUAAAUUUUCUUGGGAUUGUGGCAGUAGUUAUAGAAGAGAGAUAUUAUUCGUAUGCUUUUGGGGUGCUACUUAAUGAUUCAUUCAGAUCAUUGAUGACCUUUGAUCUGUCCUACUACCGCUCUAGCAGUACUCAAUUGACCAAUUCCGAUCGAUACACUAUUGUCAAGUUGUACAUAGUGGAUGAAGUUCAAGCAAGAUCCUCAAUAAUAACCCCUGACAAUCAAAAAAAAUGCAUUUCCAAAGAAAAGUCAAUUUCCAACAUAGAGUCGGGCAGCUCUUCAGUUCAAACCAUUGACCCCAAGGCAGAUAAACAGUUCUUCAGUCCAACUGCAAGCAUAAUCUUGGAAACAAUUGCUCAAAAGAUGAAGGAAGAAACAGAUAAUUUAAAACCAGCUGCAAAAGUGAUGCAAUGGAAACAAAUCAGACAACCACUAUCACCUUAA